AUGGAACAGAAGGCCACAAAGAGCCCGAAGAAGAAGGUGGUCAAGAAGGCAGCCUCCCCCAAGAAAGCUGUGACCCCCAAGAAGGCAGUGACUCCCACGAAAGCUGUGAAGAAGACCCGCUCCUCCCGGGCCGGGCUCCAGUUCCCCGUCGGCCGUGUCCACAGGCAUCUGAGGAAGGGUAACUACGCCCACCGUGUCGGUGCCGGAGCCCCGGUGUACCUGGCCGCUGUGCUGGAGUACCUGACCGAUGAGAUCCUGGAGCUGGCUGGAAACGCCGCCCGGGACAACAAGAAGUCCCGUAUCAUCCCCCGCCACCUGCAGCUCGCCGUCCGCAACGACGAGGAGCUGAACAAGCUGCUGGGAGGAGUGACCAUCGCCCAGGGAGGCGUGCUGCCCUAA